AAAACAAUUUAAAAAAAUAGAGAUAAAACAUUUAAUAUGAUAUACAAAUGAAAUUUGUAAAUUUUAAUUACAAAUACUACAAUACUUAUAAUUAUUUUACACACUAUUCAUAUUUUACAUGCACAAAUGUAAUUUAAAAAUAAUAAUUUAUGAAUAAUGAAAUUUAGUUAUCAUUUAGAAAAUAUGACAGCAUCUUAAAUUAAAUUAAUUAUCUACAUUGAUUUAGUGAGCAAUAAUUAUCAGCCUGUUUAUCUUCAAUUGUAUAAUUCAUUUUUAAAUUCUUAGAUUCUUAUUCCUUUAACUUACAUUAAUUCAUUUUUAAACAGCAUUCGAAUCGAAAUUAAUAAAACAUCACAAUGAUGAAUAAUAAUAAUGUAAGUAUAUUAUAUGAUCGAUAUCUGAGAAGUUUGAUCGAUCAUAAGACGUUAGUUUAUUUGAUAUUGAAACUGUCGUGCUGGAAACAAGACGCUUGAAUGAAUAAUCGAUUAAUCAUGUUCUGCAAAUACUUUUCGUGACACGAAUAAUUUGACAAAUUGCUCUAAAUAAUUUAACUUGUCUUUCAUAUCAGAAUUCAAAAUGAUACGUCAUGCAUUCGAUGCAUAAAACGUAAUAAAAUAAUAUAACAGAAAGAUACAUGGUAUUUAACGAUAUUCAAUUUGAUGAGUAUUUGAUUAGUAUUAGGGAACAAGUUUUAAGUUUAAAAAGGGAAUAGUACAAUGCAUCCUAUUUUUUUUAUUUUAUUGCAAUUUCUUUCAAUUUCUAAUGCACAGGAUCAUAUAUUCAUUCGUGAUUAUUUUUUAUAUAAAAAAGUGCGAAAUGUUGUGGGAUUUUCUUGUGGUGAUACAAUAAGUGAUUUUAAUCUUCUGAAAACGCUAAGCACCAUGGGUAUAUUUACGAUAAUAAGGGAAUCUAGUGUGAAGAUUGACUUCCAAAAAUUUAUGAGAAGUGAAACUUGGACAGUAGGUGUUGUAAUCGAUUUGCGAUGCCAUAAUAAAACUGCUGUACGAAUUUUCACAGAAAGUUCAAAAUAUCGAAUGUAUGAUUAUUCAUACAAUUGGCUAAUAUUGGAUUCGAAUUAUAAUCACAGUAUUUCACUUUUGAAUGAUACUGCUUAUAAUAUAAUAACAGAUGUUGCUCUUGCUAUAUCGAACAAAAAUGGCUUCGAUUUGUAUGAUGUCUUUAAUCAUUGCAAAUAUCGUGGUGGUAUAUUAAAUGUUACUGAACUUGGUACUUGGCAUCUUGAUUCUGGAUUGAAGAUAUUUUUGACGCAACCAUUAAUUAACAGAAGGGCUAACAUGCAUGGAAUGAGAUUAAAAAUAUCUGGAGUGAUUCAAUAUAGACCAAAAGACAUGCGACUCGAGAAUUACAUGCAGGAUAUAAAUACAAGAUCUUUAGAUAGUAUGCAUAAGUUUGUGCAUGCCAUGAUUUUACAUAUAGGAGAGCUUUUUAAUUUUAGUGUUCACGCUUCAGAAAUAAUUUACUGGGAUCGACACAGCGUACACGGUUUGAUUUUUGAAUUUUUACGAUCGAAUUAUAUCGAUUUUGCCAGUAAUCCGAGAAUAAUGGUAUCUGAACGAUUAGAUUAUGCUAGUCUCAUUGGUGCAGCAUGGCCAAUUAAGCCUUGUUUCAUGUUAUUAUCGACUUCAACCAAUAAAAUUAAAUUAGAAAUUUUUUUAAAACCCUUUACACGUCAAACAUGGUACGUAUUUGCUGUUUUUGGAAUAUUUUUCAUAUUCAUUAUGAAAAUAAUAAUGAAUCGUGAAAAUGUCGGCAAAAGAAAAAAAUAUUCCGAUGCAAUUAUAUUAUCAGUGGGAAUUCUGUCUCAACAAGGUGCAAAUUUUUUACCAAAACGAUUACCAAGCCGUAUAGCUCUAUUUCAAAUAACUAUACACAGUUGGAUAAUGUACAAUUAUUAUUCUGCUAGUAUUGUAUCGGCUCGAUUAAGUGAGCCUCUCGACAUGAUGGAAGAUUCUGUAACUGUUCUUGCUGAUAGUAAUCUAAAAAUCGCGGCGGAAGCUGUACCAUAUUUAAACUAUUUCUUAUAUAAUUUGAACUGGGAAUCAGAUUACUUUCGCAAAAAACGCUGGGACCCUUUGCCAGAAUCGAAAAGAUAUUUACCAAUAGAGGAAGGUAUUAAACAAGUGGGUCAAGGUAUUUUAGCAUAUCACACGGAUCCAAAUACAGCGUAUCCUUACGUUGAAAGAAUGUUUGACUCUAAUAAAAUCUGUGAAUUGACGGAAAUUCAUUUGUUUAAACAAUCGGUAAUGGGAAUGUAUGCUAGUCAUAAUGGUCAAUUCAUUGAAAUAGCAAAAAUAGGAUUGACAAAGAUGUUUAAUACCGGUCUUCGCAAUCGACAAAUCAAAUAUUGGUCGUCGAGGAAACCGGAAUGUCAACUUGAUACUUUAUCCACAAGAAGCAUCACUAUCUACGAAAUUGCUCCAGCAUUAAUUUUAUUAGCAUUUGGAAUCAUCGUAGCUAGUAUCAUUUGCAUUGUGGAAAAUAUUAUUUACAAUCGUUCCAUGAAGGAAAUAAAUCCAUCAAACCAAAGAAGAAAGAGUGAAACAAAGAAAAAUUUUAACAGUGAUAAUAAUAAAAAUAACUUAUUAGAUAUUAUUCCAUAAAUUAAUCUAAUCUAAUCUAAUCUUCAUAAAUUAAUUUAAUAAUUAAUUAAUUAAUUAUUAGAUAAUUAAUAGAUAAUUUCAUUUAACUGUUAAAUUGAAUGUAACAUAUUUC